AUGAAUUUCUUAUUGAUUUUAUGUGAAAAUAUACUUACUGAUUCGAACUCCAUUCUGAGGAAUGCUUACUAUAAGAACUUAGUCGAGGUUUCUGUCAGUGGAUCAACCUCCCAAUACAUCAACGGAACUAAGCAACUAACAAAACCCGAGUAUGUUUUUGAUCAAGUACCUAAAAACUACGAUUGGUGCUCUAACUGCGGAAAAUCUGAUAAAGAUCAUCCAUGGGCUGUUUACUCAGUUAAGAAUCAGCUUAUGAAUAUUAAUGGUUACUACUUAAAGAGCGGAUGCUGUGAUACAGCAGAUGAUGCAUGCUGCUGUUACGAUGAGCAAUAUUAUUGCUGCUUGUGCUGCAUCUAUUCCUGGUCCCUUCAAAUAUCUAUGGAUAAUCAAACAUGGAAAACAAUUCAUAAGGUCGAAAAGGAUAAUGAAAUGAGGCGUUGCAAAGAAAAAACAUAUAAAUUCAGCGAAACUCACACUGCAAAAUAUGUUCGACUUAUUCAAGACGAAUCUUGCCCAGGAGAUCCACCAUGCAUCGCUAUCAACAAAAUAGAAUUUAUCGGAACUACUUCUGAUGGUUAUGCCUUAGAUAAUAACGUUGAAUUUGAUGCUGAAGAUGAUGAUGUCAGUAUCAUCGGCCAUAUAUCAAAGCAAUCAGCACAUUAA